CGCCCUUGUCCCUGGUUUCUACAAGAAUUUUGCGUCGUCAACACUCUCAGCCACAACCACUCAAAAUACACACAUGCGCAGCCAGUGACCAGGACCACUAGUUUCCCAAUGCAAUUUGCCUAGUAGCUUGCUUUCAUCAUCUUCCUCUUCUUCUUCUUCUCAUUCUUCUUCUCGUUGGAGUGUGUCCAGCUCUGCAUUCUCGCUCACCGCGCAGAGGCAUGACCGCAAUCCACAUGAAGAUAUCUCCGGCCUCUUCUUUCCCGCCUCCCCACAGAGUUCCCUGUCGCUUCAACACCGUCCAUUGUAGCACUCAGAGGAUCGGUAUUAAUGGCAACGGCAAUGGGAGCGUUAACGGCAGUACCAAUGGGAAGGCCACUUUCCCCGAGAAAGAUCCUCUGCUCCACCACGCCACCCUGGCCUCGGCGGCCCCCCGGCCUCGCCGCAUCAUUCUGGUCCGGCACGGCCAGAGCGAAGGUAAUCUGGAUGAGAGUGUGUACACGAGGGUUGCUGAUCCUAAGAUUAGCCUCACCGACAAAGGGAAGGGCGAAGCGGAGGCGGUUGGUUGGAAGAUAAGAGAGAUGAUCGAGAAAGAUGGAGCAGAUGAUUGGAAGGUCUACUUCUAUGUGUCGCCUUACAGAAGAACCCUAGAGACUCUGAAGAGUUUGGGCAGGGCUUUUGAGAGGUCAAGGAUUGCUGGCAUGAGAGAAGAGCCUCGUCUAAGAGAACAAGAUUUUGGGAAUUUCCAGGAUAGAGAGAAGAUGAGAGUUGAGAAACAAAUGAGAUUGCUGUACGGUCGUUUCUUCUACAGAUUCCCUGAUGGAGAAUCAGCAGCAGAUGUUUAUGAUAGAAUCACUGGAUUUAGAGAAACUCUGAGGGCCGAUAUCGACAUCGGGCGGUUCCAACCACCAGGGGAGCGGAGCCAAAACAUGAACCUGGUGAUCGUGUCGCAUGGACUUACGCUGCGGGUCUUCCUGAUGAGGUGGUACAAGUGGACCUCAGAUCAAUUCGAGGGCCUCAAUAAUCUGGGCAACGGUGGAAUGAUUGUGAUGGAAAAAGGGUAUGGCGGAAGAUAUAGCUUGCUAAUGCAUCACACUGAGGAAGAGCUAAGGGAGUUUGGAUUGACAGACGACAUGUUGGUUGAUCAAGAAUGGCAAAAAUAUGCGAAGCCGGGUGAGCUAAACUACGACUGCCCUAUGCUAAAUUCGUUCUUCACUCACUUUGAAAACGAGGGGGUCGAAGCACUGGAGUGUUAACACGAGCAAAACUGACCAGAGGUUGAAGGCAGAGCAAAUUGUGGAGUGGACCAAAAUCGAAGCAUAGGCUGGCUGUAGUCAUGGGAUUAAUAUGAGGGAAGACACAGAUCUCUCGAACACAGCGUGCUGAAAUUGCCACGCCACAAGAAGAUUUAACCAUGUAGAACGCAUAAGUAUCUAUGCCUGUAUCAAUAGGAAUAUCAGGAUCAGAUGAAGGGAAAACUUGUUCAGGCUAUUGAUUCUUAAGCUCCACGAGAAUAAGUGCAUUCCUAAGUUGUCCGAUGCACAGGCUGUGAUUUGUAUAAUGUCAAGAGGAUGUCUCUCUAAAUAUAGGUUUCUGAAGGAAGUAACAUGCA